CUAACAUCCACGGUUGUGAUGAAAGGUGGGGGCGAGGACGUACGAGGGACGCCACAACGUCAAUGCACCUGCUGAAGUAGAUGACAGGAGCAACAGGACUCUCCGGGCAGCAGUUCUCUUGUUUUUUUGAUCGUUUCAUUUUAAAUUGUUAUUUUCGAACCUCAUUUGAAUGUUCACUUUGCGUUUAUCUAUCAGCUACAACAUCGAACAUUUGUGAGAGCACAACGAGAAAAAGAUCAGUUGAGAAAGGGAUUACAGCUAUCUGCCUUUCAUCAGUAUCCAACUGAUUCAUUUGUACCAUUAUUUCAAGGAGGGUACAAGAAGAUGCCAGUUCAGAUACCGGACGAUACAGACUUUACCUCUUUCAAGGAACAAUGUGAAAACCACGACGGUUGGACAGCGCGCUACAACAAGGGCAGCGUGACGGUUUGGUGCAGGGAUGAAGAGUGUAAAACUGUACAGAAACUAAAGAUGAGGAUAGCGUGCAAGGACGUGACCGCAGAGACACUUUACGAUGUCCUUCAUGACACCAGCUACCGGAAGAAAUGGGACAGCAACAUGAUUGACACCCACGACAUAGGACGGCUCACUGUCAACGCGGACGUGGGGUAUUACUCCUGGAAGUGUCCGAGCCCCCUGAAGAACAGGGACUUUGUCACCAUGCGUUCGUGGCUUCCGCUGGGAAAUGACUACCUGAUUAUCAACUACUCUGUCAAACAUCCGCAAUACCCACCCAAAAAGGACUAUGUCAGGGCAGUGUCCCUGCUGACUGGCUACCUAAUCCAAUCUAAUGGAGCGAACUCAUCCACUCUGUAUUACCUGACCCAGGUUGAUCCCAAAGGUUCCCUUCCAAAGUGGGUGGUGAACAGAGUGUCUCAGUUUGUAGCACCCAAGGCAAUGAAGAAGAUUUACAAGGCCUGUCAGAAAUAUCCAGAGUGGAAGAGGAAGCACAACCCUAACCUGAAGCCGUGGAUGUAUCCAGAACAGAACACCUUACCGUGCAUCAGCGUGGCUGAUCUGACGAUACAGAGGGCUGACUCACUGGAAAACAUUGAUGAGAGCAGCCUGAACGAGGAGAAACAAGCCCAGCAUCACAGCGAUGAUGAAGAGACCUAGGCUUACCCAACGAAGAGACUGUUUGUACAUACAUUUGUGGCCCAAAAUCAAAUUGGCCCUUUUGACCACAUUUCUUAAACACUUGUGGAGAGGAUUUGAAAGCUGUUAGAAAUAUGGUAGUACAUAAAAAUCUCUUGAAAAGUGCAUAGGAUAUAGGCCUAAGGGUCAAUUUGAGAUAAGGCUGUAUUGUGCGCGAGUGGCUAUGUGUGCGUGUGUGUGUGCACGAGUGCGUGCGUGUGUGUGUGAGAGAGUGUGUACAGUACACAUGAUGAUACAUCUAUGACUUUCAAUAAUUUUGAUCUGCAACUUUACUUUGUUUUCAACCCUCAACACUACAAUUCAUUGUUGCAUUUAGAUGGUCAUGUAUAGCUAUACAUCAAUCAGAGGAGUUCGAUAGGGUAUAUAGAUAUAGCAUGACACAUUGGAAUAUAAAAUUCUAUGGAAAUUAGCAACGUAUGCAAAGUGGCCUUCAAUGAAAUGCUAUAUAAUAUUUAAUUGAUGAAGAUAAUAAGUUGACAUAUAAUAAUUAUCUGUUAUUUGUUAGAGCAGUAGGUCAGCUUUGAUCGCUCACUUGAUUUUCCAAUGACAAUGAUGUACUUUAAUAUUAGGACUUAUUCUUCCUGAUUCAAAAUAUCAUUUGUUUUAUGACCCGUUGUCCUCACACAUUUGUAUUUUGUAUGUUUUAUUUGACGUAUAGAUUUCCUUUUGAAGUGACAUAUAAUACCAUAUACCCAAUCUUGCCGUCUAUAUUAUUUCCAAGCAUCUAGUGCCUCCCAGUGGCAGUAACAGGUCAAGACAUUUCCUCAUUUAACGAUAUUCCGGAAGCCAUGAGUGGUCGUUAGAACAAUGGUACAUUGUUAGUCUUUUUAGGAAGCGAAUUAGCAUAAUACACAAAGACAAGUGUAAUUUUGUACAGUCAGUGAGCCAGUGAAGAUUCUAAUAGCUGUCACUGGAGAAGACGGGUGGAGAGAUGGCAGCGUGACAGCGCCUAGUAGGUAGUACAAGCCCUGGGCUCCCCCACCCGAAAAACAGAAAAAAGAUUCAGUCAUAAUGGUUAUAACCUCAGGGUCGAGAAACUUGUUUAGCUGUUGAAAUGUUAUCAGUACAGUUCUGUUUUGUCUUAUUGUUCCUUACUGAGUUUUAAACAUUUUGUCUUUACUAAAAAAUAAAGUUAUUAUUAGGA